AUGUUGUCGCCAAUAAAAUCUAAAAGCUCUGAUUCGGAUGAGCGAUACAAAUGUGAUCUGUGUGGAAAAUGUUACAAGAAAAAUAACGGAUUGUUGAGCCACAUGAGGAUGCACCUUGGAUUGAAACCCUUUGAUUGCGAUAUAUGUGGUAAAUCAUUUACAGAAAAGUGUAAUUUAGUGCGACAUACUAAAAUUCACACUAAUGAAAAACCUUAUUCUUGUGAUAUCUGUAAUAAAGCAUUCAGUCGACGUGAUGAUCAGAUGAAACACUUUAAGAUUCAUUCUGGAGAGAAACCCUUUAAAUGUGAUGUAUGUGAUAAAGCAUUUGUUCAGAAAAGUUCUUUGGUCAGUCACAUGAAAACACAUACAGGAGUGAAGUCAUAUGAAUGUGGACUUUGUCAAAAAUCAUUCAGACACAGCAACUCUUUGAUGCGUCAUAUGCGACUCCACACGGGAGAAAAGGAUCACGAAUGUGACAUUUGUGGUAAAUCAUUUACAUCAUUAAAAUGUUUCACAGAUCAUAGAAAUAACCACCAAGAAGUCAAACCCUUCCAAUGUGAUAUGUGUAGUAAGUCAUUUCAUUCAACUAUCGGUGUUGAAGAACAUAAAAGAACUCACACUGGAGAGAAACCAUUUAAAUGUGAGAUUUGUAAUAAAUCAUUUAGACAUAGUAGUACUUUUAAUAGACAUGUUUUAACUCAUAAAGAGAAAAGUCAUAAAUGUGAGAAACCAUUUAAAUGUGAUGUCUGUCAUAAUAGAUUUAGCCAACUGAAACUCUUGAAGCGACAUGAAAAACUACAUACUGGAGAGAAACCAUUUAAAUGUAAUGAUUGUAGUAAAUCAUUUACACGUAAAUAUGGGCUGAAAUUACAUGUUUGUAAAAAUGUAUCUCAAUUUACUGACAAGGAAACUGGCUAG